AUGGAGACCGCUGUCCUCUCUGGCAACACUCGUAGGCUUUUCCAACUCAUUCGGUCCACUGGCUUCAAGAAGUCUGUUGUCAGUGAGGUCAUUUGUGAGGUGGAUGAAUCUCCGAUUACCAACCAACAGAGGCUUAUGGACCGCUGGGCCGAGCAAUUUCACUCGCAGUUCAACUGGCAUCCACCAUCCAUCAGUACAUGCAGUACAUCUUGUUGUCCACCCUGGCUCGUCCCACUGAAUCCACCCAGCGAAGCGGAAGUCUGCCUCGAGAUUCGACGCUUGAAGCGCUUCAAGGCUGCCGUCUCAGAUGGACUUCCUCCGGAGCGGUUCAAGUACGGCGGCGUGGCGAUCGUUAACCACCUGACCUCGCUGUUCGCAAAAAUCUGGCAUGAAGUGAGAGUGCCUUCCUCUUGGGGCGAAUCAGUUAUUGUCCCGAUUUUCAAGAAAGUCGCUCGCACUUCAUGUGUACAUCAUCGCUGGAUCAGUCUUAUUUCGGUUGCAUCCGAGCUAUUGGCAUCCAUUCUGCUUCGCAGACUGUCCCCAACACGUGAAUCAUACUACCGUGAAAAACAAGCUGGUUUCCGUCCUGGCCGCAGAUGUGUGGAUCAAAUUUUUACACAACACCAGCUCCUCGAACAUCGCCACAUUUGUCACAGGCCCAGUAUCGUUGCAUUCCUAGACAUACGUGCCGCUUUUGACUCUGUUGAUCGACUU